GUUACAUACCACAGAGUUCCAUUGUAGAUUGUAUUGCUGUAUUAAACAUUUUUUAAGAGAAUCGGAAUUCUACUCCGAAUCAAUUACAGUUAUCAGAUGGAAAGGAAAUAAAGUAUUUAAUUACAAAAUUGUCCAGGAACAAGAUAAGUACUUUUUAGUAAUCUCGCAGUAAACAUGUAAUCAUAAUACAAGGGCUUUUUUAUGUACGGUGUUAUGGAAAACAUCAGUCAUGAAAUACUUUUGUAUAAUUAUUCUUUUCGUCGUCUCACAUGAAAGUCAGUCGUCUAUUUUUAACAAAACGGAUUCAUUUUCACUGCUUAAAUCAAAUUCAUCUGAUCAAAAAGGAUGGAUCAUAAAACUUGAUAUCUAUUUCGCGAAAACACUUCCUUCAAUGUUACAAAAACUACCUGGAACCGACGUUCGCUUUAAAUGCGAGGCAAUAAUGAAUUUUACCAAAGUUGAAAAAUUUACUAAAAACAAAGAGGGUAUAGAAACAUCUUUAAAAGAAUUUCCUCCAGAUCAUAUUCAAGAAACUUUGAUGAAGAAUGUCAAAGUAUAUUGGUUGAAAGAUAGCAAAGUGUUGUUAGAAAAUCCAAGAGUCAAAAUUCUUACUAAAAUAGACAAAACAAACGGCACCAUUGGUACAUAUCUUAGAUUAAAAAAUUUAAGCACUGAUGAUACAGCAAACUAUACUUGUGUGAUUAAACAAAAUUACGAAAAAAAGUUGUCAACAAGGCUCAUUAUUGAAAAGGAUACUUACAACCAGCUGACAUACCCUGCAGUUCCUACAAUUGCUGGCAACAACAAUGAGAUGGUGUUGAAUAUUAAAACAACACCCAAUUUAAUAUCUGAAGGUAUGACAUCAGAAAUUGAAAUUAAUAAAAGUAAUAUUACAACAAUUCCACAAAAGCUAGAACCAAUAUGUCAAGAAUAUGUAGGAAAUGUCUGUAGCUCUCAUUUGAAGGGUCAUUUUGUUUACAUUCCUUAUGGGACUUCUCAAGCUGCUCUUGAGAACAAACUUAUGAAAGCUUUUCAGGUCACGAAAUACUCGAACGAUAUAAGCUCCAAUUGUGAACGGUAUGCUCUUCCUAGUUUAUGCUAUUCCACUUUCCCAAUAUGCAGAGACCCUAUAAAAACAAAUGAAAACUUUUUUAAGGAAGUAAACAACAGUUUUAAAGCAUAUACUGAAAUGAACAAUCAACAAAUGGGAAACUCAGAUAAUCAAAACGUUUCUAAAACAGCUGAUACACCAACAUCUCGAUAUAUACAAGUACCCCUAAUUUUAAAUAAUUUAUCCAAAGAUUUAUUCAAUUAUCGCUACAAUUCCACAAUACUGCGACGUGUAUGUAAACAAGAUUGUGAAAUAUUAGAAAAUGAACUCUGUCAAACAGAAUAUGCCAUUGCUAAAAGACACCCCCAUAUUGGGCAACAGCUGACAUUGGAAGAAUGCCAGGAUCUGCCAGAGGAUGAUCCAGACUGUCUUAAGAUAGGCAUUGGCAGUCUAAUGGUUUCAGAUGAUGAAUGUUACUGGGAAAAUGGAGGUGGAUAUCUCGGUAGAGUGAGUGUAGCAAGUUCUGGUAUGGCAUGUAUUGAAUGGUCUAAGCAGCUCUAUUUAAAAGUUUCCGACUAUCCUGAAUUAGCAGGUAGACAUAGCUAUUGCAGAAAUCCUGGUGGAAUCAAAACCCAACCAUGGUGUUUUGUUGAUAAUGAUGGAAAAACAGAUCAACUAUGUGACAUUCCAAAAUGUGCUCACAAAAUAUGGAUUUACAUUGUUGUAAUUUUUCUUCUUUUGUUGUUACUGGUUGUUGGAUGUAUAAUUUGCCUCUUUUAUAGACACAAAAAUAAAGGAAAUGCUGCUACUAUUAGGGACAUUAAUCUUCCUAAUGCUGAUAAAAAUAUCUAUGGAAAUUCAAGAUUGAAUUCUCCUAUAGAAAUGAAUGAAUUAUUAACUAAUCAAAACAGUGGCAGUCAACCACAUCUGACAACUUCAACACGAGGAAAUGGUAUCCUUCGUAUACCUCAAUACUCAUUAUCACAAAUCAAAUUCUUGGAAGAAUUAGGUGAAGGUGCUUUUGGUAAAGUUUAUAAAGGAGCAUUGAAAAAGAAUGGUGAAACUCAAUAUGUGGCUGUUAAAGCAUUAAAAGAAAAUGCUUCUGCUAAAACAAAAGCCGAUUUUAGAAGGGAAAUUGAUUUAAUAUCAGAAUUAACACAUGAGAAUAUAGUAUGUAUUGUCGGAGUAGCUCUCAGAGAGGAACCACUAUGUAUGCUGUUUGAGUUUAUGGCCCGUGGAGACUUACAUGAAUUUCUCAUGGGCCGUGCACCUCCGUCUGGCAAGGGUUUGCCUUCAAUGAGACUACUGAACAUUGCCAAUAAUAUUGCAUCUGGUAUGCAGUAUCUUGCCUCACAUCAUUAUGUGCACAGAGAUUUGGCUGCAAGAAAUUGCCUUGUGUCAGAUGAUUUUAUAGUAAAAAUAUCAGAUUUUGGACUUUCUAGGGAUAUUUAUAGCUCGGAUUAUUAUAGAGUGCAAUCUAAGAGUCUACUACCAGUGAGGUGGAUGCCUCCAGAGUCAAUCCUCUAUGGUAAAUUUACUACUGAAAGUGAUAUUUGGUCCUAUGGAGUUGUAUUGUGGGAGAUCUAUAGCUAUGGAUUGCAGCCUUACUAUGGAUAUAGCAAUCAGGAAGUUAUAGCAAUGGUCCGUGCUGGUGAGCUAUUGAUGGCUCCUUCAGGAUGCCCAACAGCUAUGUAUACUCUCAUGAUGGAAUGUUGGAAACAUACACCUCAAAGGAGACCUAAUUUUGAAGAAAUUGUUAUGAGAUUACAGGAUUGGAUACAAAUGGGUGGGUGUCCAGACACGGCUCCUUCUGAGUCUGGCAGUAGUUGCGGGCAUCGGCCGACAACGUCUACCAAGGAAUUCCAAGAGCGAGUCCCGCUUCUACCACCUCACUGUUCCUCCUCAAACGGCUCACUAGCUACCGGAAGCCUCAAGAAAUUUAGUGCAGCUGGAUCCAGUUCUAAAGUGACCGAUGAUAAUUUCUCCACAUGUAGCGAAGUGCCACCUCUUGCGCCCAAGACUAAAAAGUACAGUUCGGGAUCCCUCAUAGACACGGAUAAAAUUGGUACCAAGGACACUGUCGUUAGAAUACCCAACAAACAUUACGGCAACGAAAUAUAACCAUUGCAUAGAUAUUACUACACCUUUGUUAAGCUUAAAGUUUGCUCUCUCCUCGGUGAGUAUUAAAAUAGUUGUAAGUAAAUUAUUGGCACUGCUAGAAUAAGUAACUUCAUGAUAGUUAUAGAUGGCUAUGCACACUCCGCCUUAUUAUUUAUUAAAAGACAAUACAUUUUAUUUAUUGGAAGAAAUUUUAGUUGUUUUGUUAUUUUUGUAGUCCAGGGUAAGUAAAAAAAUAUUAUGAAAGAUGUACAUAAAACAUAUUUGCUCAAAGUCUUCAGGAUGUAUCGAUACAUUACCGUACAUAUAUCAUAAGUACAUGUAGAUUUGAAUAACGACAUAGUUGCAGAAAAUUAAUUAUUAGUUUUUUUUUUGCUUAGUACAU